CCUAAAUUGCCGAAGUUCAAACCUCAACCUCGAAAACCGACGCAAGCUACCACUACUGCGUCUCGUUCGAAUCCAGCCAUCCCUUCCUCCCGCCCGUCUCCCAUCUUCAAUUGAACUCCACCACCCACCACAACCGGAACCUCUCUUUCGCCCGACAUGUUCUCGAGACAGGCUGUUCGUACCCUCCGAGCGGCGGCUCCCGCUUCGCGCCUCGUCGCCCGCGCCCCGGCCGUCCGCACCUACGCCGCUGCCGCCGCGACCGAGGCCGUCAAGCCCCCCGUCGCCGUCUUUGGCCUCGACGGCACCUACGCCACUGCCCUGUACACCGCCGCCUCCAAGACCUCCUCGCUGGACCCCACGGCCAAGGCUCUGGCCACCCUCGACGCCAUCUUCGCCAAGGACCCCAAGCUGACCACCGUCCUCGCCGCGCCCACGCUGACCCCCGAGGACAAGUCCGCCAUCGUCGCCGAGCUCACCAAGCAGGCCGGCGCCGGCUCCCAGGAGACCGUCAAGAACUUCCUCGCCGCCCUCGCCGAGAACAACCGCCUCGGUCUCCUCCCCGGCAUCACCCAGAAGUUUGCCGAGAUCAUGAGCGCCGCCCGCGGCGAGGUUGAGCUCACCGUCACCAGCGCCACUCAACUCGACAACAAGACUCUCAACCGCCUCGAGAGCUCCAUCGCCAAGUCCUCCUACGUCGGCCAGGGCAAGAAGCUCAAGGUCACCAACAACGUCAACCCCGAUAUCGUCGGAGGCCUCAUUGUCGAGAUUGGCGACCGGACCAUCGACCUCAGCGUCUCUGGCAAGAUUGCCAAGCUCAACAAGCUUCUCACUGAUACUUUGUAAAAACACACACAAAAUCUUCCAUCAUACUAGCAUGAAGAAAUCCUAAUCCUCUUUCUCCCCACACCGGACCAAACCUCACCCUUAUUUUCUCUUUGUGUGCGUGUGUGUCUAUCUUGUAAACUUGACUGGGCGGGGGUUUAGUGGGAAGGAGGAGGAGGAGGAGGGAGAGGGUCCGGCUCUUACCACGUGUAACGACAAAAUCCACGUGAAACAAAAAACUGGAUUGGAUCUUGGAAGAGAUGAUGUUGGCCACUUUCCCCCCCGGGGCGAGAGGACAUUGGGGAGAAGCCCGAAUGAGACGAAAGCUGUGCAUAGUUCUGUCUACAAUAGAAGCAUUCACGGAACCCCUUUUCUACAA